AGAGCUGCCCAGGGAGGGAGGGCGGGCUGGACAUGAGCCUCGCCGCCGGGCUCCGAGCGGCGGCCGGGGACUGAGCGAGCAACAAAGAAGUUUCUCCGGCGGCGCGGCGCGGCGCGGCGCUCCCUCAUGCACGCCCCCGGCCGCCCGCCCUGGGGCGCUGCCCGGCCGGCGGCCGGCGCCGAGCGGGCCAUGGAGCCCCGAGCGGGGCUGCACGGCAGCCCGGAGCUGAGCAUGGCUCCGCGGCUGAGCGUCGGGGAGCUGCGCUCCCUCUUCGAGGCUCGCUGCGCCGCCGUGGCCGCCGCCGCCGCCCGGCAGCUGCCCGACCCGGCCAAGAGGGGCUGCCGGCCCCCCAACGGGGUGCUGCCGCCCGUCAUUCCCCGGCUCACCGUCACCCCCGAGGAGGGCGAGGAGGCGCAGGGCAGCCCCAAGGCGCCGCCGUCGCACCCGGAAAGCGGCUGGCUGAGGACGGACAGCUCGCUGCACCUGCAGUCCCGCCGGCUUUCCACCUCCUCCCUGUCCUCCACGGGCUCCUCGUCCCUCCUCGAGGACUCCGAGGACGACGUGCUGAGCGACACGGAGGGCAGGAGCCAGGGCAUCGUGCACCUGGAGCACGGCGAGGAGUCCAACCAGAAAAAGGCAUGGAAUACUAUUAAAACCAUGGUGAACUUACCAGUGAUCAGCCCCUUCAAGAAACGCUACUCAUGGGUACAGCUGGCUGGGCAUACAGGAAGUUUCAAGGCAGCUGAUAGCGGGAAGAUUCUCAAACGCUUCUCAGAGAAUGAAAAGGAGUGUUUUGAGCGACUGAUGAAAGACCCACUACGCUCCUGCGUCCCUUGCUUCCAUGGUGUGGUGGAGAGAGAUGGAGAGAGCUACAUUCAGUUGGAUGACCUGCUUACUGAUUUUGAAGGGCCGUGUGUGAUGGACUGUAAGAUGGGGAUCAGGACAUACCUGGAAGAGGAGCUGACUAAAGCCCGUGAGAAACCAAAGCUGCGUAAGGACAUGUACAAGAAAAUGAUUGAAGUGGAUCCUCUUGCUCCCACAGCUGAGGAGAAUGCCCAGCAUGCUGUCACCAAGCCCCGAUACAUGCAGUGGAGGGAAACAAUCAGCUCUAGUGCCAACCUGGGCUUCAGAAUCGAAGGGAUUAAGAAGGCAGAUGGAACAUGUAACACAAACUUCAAAACUACAAAGACACAGGAGCAAGUUCUCCAAGUUUUUGUGGAAUUCAUUGAGGGCAACACAACUAUUCUGAAAAAAUACCUCAAGCGUCUGCAGGAAAUUCAUAUCAUUCUUGAAUCCUCGGACUUCUUCAAGCGACAUGAGGUCGUUGGAAGCUCACUACUUUUUGUACAUGAUGGCAGUGGGAAUGCCAAUGUGUGGCUGAUUGAUUUUGGAAAGACCACCCUUCUCCCUGAUGGGCAGACACUGGAUCACAGGAUCCCCUGGCAAGAAGGCAACAGGGAGGACGGGUACUUGUUGGGAUUGGACAAUUUGAUUCGCAUCUUGGAGAGCAUCACUGAAAGAUGAGUUGAGAGUGGCACAAAACUUACAGGGCUGCUUUGUAACUUUCUGCUCUACUGGAAUCACUCGGAAGGAAACCUCUUUAACUCCCUCCAAACUCCUGAGGUCAUCACAGUGCAGAGGGAACUGCUUCCAGAGCCCAGCAGUUAGUUAUCAAAAUGACAUUUGCAUCAGCCCUCUGUGAACCUAAGUAACUAACUCCAGAUUGGUCUGUAUUGCACCAGCCUAACGUCAGGCUGGUCUUCAGAGAAUCAAGGUCUCCAUACUCAGGAAUCACACCAGCAUGAGUCAAGAGGUCUGUAUGGUAAACCAGAACGAUUCUGAUUUAUGGCAAACAGAUGGGACUCCAGAUUACCUCUUAGUGAACAAGAGCAAGUGACUGGGGAUUCAGGGUAGGAAUAACAUUUUUUCAGGGAACCGCAUAGUUUUGAAACCAGCAGGAGUGUUUUUUUCCCUAAUUCCAAGUCUCCUUGCUCUUGUGCGUACUAUAGGUUGGACCAACAACAGCUGCUGUAUUGUGUUAUAGGUGUGCACAAGGUGGAGAUUGGUGAUAAUCAGAAGAAACCUGGAGCAAAGGGAGACAACAGUUUGUAGUAGCUGGAUGUGGUAACUUCUGUCGAUCAGUCCUCUCCCCACCCUAGCUUCAAUUCACUUCUGUCCAAGAACAGCCUUGCUUUUUAUGUAGCCUCUCAGGAGAUUACAGAUACGCUAGGGAGAGAAUAGCAGACUGUUGUCUCCAAAAACAUUUGACUUUCAGACUGGGUGGGCUGCUGGAAAAGUGCCUAGCUUGGCAAGUUUGGCCUCUUGUGGCUGAACUGCAGUUCUGAAAAUCAGUAAUAACACUCUGGCACACAGACUGGGGAACUAAGGGUUUUUUUUCAAGGCUUAUUUAUUUUUAAGCUAAAACCCCUAUACACAUGCACACAUCUGCACGCACUAGUAGCCAGCAACCACUGUGAUCUCUUCAGAUCAUAGUGUGACUGUCUUCUAAUGCACGUGAAAGAGGUGACUUCUUGGCCAUGUUCCUGUUCCCAAGUAUGAUGCUGUCACGUAAGUGUAUAGAUUGGAGCAGCGAUCAGGAAGGUAAUGUUUCUGCAUUCACAGCAUUACACUAAUGACAAUUCCUAGGUGUCCUUUCUCCAAGGUAUCAGCUGUUAACUCAGGGCAGUUUGGGGGGAGGAAUGUCAAUGUGUCACAUCCCCUAAUCCCUGUCUGGAAUCACAGGGCCACUUGUGCUUAUUUUUUUUUUUUUUCACUGUGGCCCAGGCACAACGUCAGUGUUAGAUGAAAAUCAAGAAAUACUGAAAUGAUGCAUUUUCUUUUAAUGGCUUCACCUACCAUUGCUGUUGGUUGCCUCUAGCCACUUGAACAGUUUUUUAAAUACUAGCAGUAUAAAUACUAUCAGUAUUCACCUGUUCACUCACAUUCCAGGUUUUAAUAUAAGUAAUAUGAUAAUGCAGUUUCCAAAAUGAGGACGAGACUUAUAUUAGUAUUUGAUUAAUUCCCUUUUAACAUCUUAAGCUGGUAAUGCAUGUUGAUCAGAAAUUGCUCUCUCUUGCCAGUGUCCUGUACUCGGAUGUGAUUCCAAGAACUUUAGGAUAUAUGAAGGUAACUCCAAGCCUUGGGAAACUGCUAUUUCAAGUAAUAACGAUGACUGUGAGCAUAAAAAAAAAAAAAAAAAAACAACAAAAAAAACCACAACAAACACCUGUACAGUCCAGCUCUGGAAUGAAAUGCAGCUAUAACAUUUGUAAUUAAAAUUGAAGGGCCUAAAAGAAUUUCUUAAAAAAAGAGUUACUUUAGAUAAUACACUACUGUACCAAGAGAUCAGCUCUAAUAACUUUUUCAUCACCUCUAAACAAACAGCAGUAUUAAAACUCAAUCUUGAUUGUGGCCUGAAAGUUAGAGGACAUAAAGUGGGUAUUUUGUAGGAAAUAGUGAGGCAUGGAGACAUUGCAUCCUUAAACAGAAAUUGUUUGAAACAGAUAAUUUUUGCAGUUCACUGCAAAUACAGGUUUCUUCUGUGGUCUCCCAGAGUCCUUCUCAAGUUUAUUUUCAUGGUAGUAUGCUAAUGAGUUUUCCACUUUUUCAGGUUUUAUUAGCUGUUUCAGAGAGUUUAUGCAUUUUUUUUAAAGUUGUGGUGAGCCUUCUAUAGCAAGCAUGCAUAUUAGCAUUCCAGAUGCCUCCUAACUUUGAAAUUGCUACGAGAUGACAAAUCAAUCUGUGAUGACUUUCAUACACUUAAUUUAAAAAAAAAAAAUCUUCCUCCUUUCCUGCAGCCAACAGGUAAACAAACCAUCCGUUAGCAGUGCUUAAAGGGAAAAGCAGGUAAAUGGGUCCUACAGGAGAGGACUUUAAUAACGAGACCUUGUCUAUAAGACUGCAAUUUCAGAGAGGGAAAAAAAAAAAAACUAGAGAAGUUAGACAUGAGACUGUUAAGGUGAUACAAUUCAUUAGUGGUCUGCCUAAUUACUCUUCAGAGUUGAAUGCUUUCUUUUUUUGUUAUCACAUAUAUGGAACUUUUGUACCAGUGCAACGUAUUUUUGGGGGUGGGGUGUGGGAGGAGGAUGUAGAAGGUAAAAGUUAGUUGGUGCUCAAAUGUUAUUUGGGACUUUGAGACAAACUUUUAGAAUUAAUGUCCAGUUUUAAAAGAGAAGUAGAAGCAAUGUGGUACCAGUAGCUCCAAAAAAACUGACUGCUGCUAGCACCUCAAAGGGUGGUUUGCAGUAUAUAGUCUUAGGGGAAAACAUGAGAAGUGCUUUAUUGCUGUGCAGUAGUUGGAGAGGUAAGGAAAAUAGAAAACCUCUGCUAUAGCAGUCCCUGCUCUGGAAACCCUUUCUAAAUGCUAAAUAGUUUUAGCAAGUUUGUUUUGAAAUGGCCCUUUGGCUUGUCAAAGGGUUAGAAAGGAAGAAACCACAAUCUAACAUUCUGCUGCUGUUACAGGAAAGGUGAAAAGGAGGAAGCUUUCCAUUAGCAAAUGCCAAGUGUAGGACUGCAAAUGAGGACUGGAGCUCUCAGGGGCUGGAGGCUAGGCACUCACGAGCAAAUUAUCACAGGGUAAGUUAGAUACCUUGAUUCACAUCAGAAGUCCCAGAGUGCCCGUGUAUGUACACUCACGUGCUACUGUGAGGAAGCAGCAUAGCUUUCUUUCACUAUGGGUUAAGUUGCCUUGAACAAGGUUGUAUUUAUGGGAGGGUCAACAUGAUGCCUUUGCACAGGCAUUUACUGUACGAGAGCUGAUGCAUGACAACCAAGGCACUUGCUCACAUACAAGUCUAGAACACAGUUCUUUAAUGCUUCUGCUGAGCUAUUGCCUCACUCUGGAGACACUGAAAUCACAUGCGUUUCCACAGCAUGCUAAGAUAUGCUGGUCCAGAGGCACCUUGGUGCUGAGCAGCUAACCUCUGAGUUAGGCACCAAGGUCAUUAAACUCACUAGUUAGAUGCAGCAACGUUCAGUACCGUAGCUGCUGCAUGCCUGUGUGAAUCUAGCAGUAAGACUUCUCUUCCCCAACUUUGACAAUGGCUUUCUUUUUGGCCUUGGAUAACUAUCCUAGGCCUCAGUUUUGUUCCCAUUUUACAGAUGGGAAUAGUAUGUACUUACCUCACAGGAAUGGUGUGAGGCUGUAUUUCAUUAUUGCUUGCAAGAUGCUGUGAGAUUCUUUGGAGGAAGGUGCAGUAUAGAAAUAAACAAACAAAUACAUCAGAUAAGUUUUUAAAUGAUAGGUGUUAAGGUCCCCCCAGAUAUAAAUUUGGAUUAAAUUUAACCAAAGUGAUGCAAAUUAAAUCCCUCUUUAUUUUAUACAUGUGGAAUAUUCACUUACCAUCUGAUCUAGUUCCUAUGAUAGGGAAAGAUUUCGAUGGGAGUUGGACCAAACCAUUAAGUAUCUCAGAGGGCUCUUGCUUUUUUUUUUUUUAUUGCUGUAGUUAUUAUUUGUUAUGGUACUGAGAUCAAAUGGCCUGUAUCAUCCACAGUGCAUCUGUUCUGAACACUACAAUGCAAUGCUGACCAUGGUCACUUUUGACAUUGACUGUAUUGACUGUUUGUUACUCUGAAGUGUGUAUGCUAAUAAAUAAAUGAGAC